AUGGAAGGUAAUGAUCCCUUUUCUUAUGGAGAACAACUAGCUGUUUAUGUGAUGCAAUAUUGUGAUGGAGGUGAUCUCAUGAGAAGGAUGCAUAGACAGCAGGGAGUGUUAUUCGCAGAGACACAGAUUCUGAGUUGGUUUGUACAGAUUUCUCUGGGACUAAAAUAUAUUCAUGACAGGACAUAUAACAGGGGCAUAAAAGCGCAAAACUUUUUUUUUUUUUUUUUUUUUUUUAGCAAGAAUGGAAUGGUUGCAAAGCUUGUGGACUUUGGGAUAGCAAGAGUUCUGAACAAUUCCAUGGAAUUUGCUAGAACUUGUGCUGAAACCCCAUACUCCCAGUCUCCAGAAACCUGUCAGAAUAAACCCACAAGAAUAACACGUGGGUUGCCGACUAUCGGUUUGAAAGUCUCAGUGACAUUUGAGAGUAACAACUUACACCAGCUGGUUCUGAAGCUAUGCCAAGGACAGUUUGCCCCAAUAUCACCAAGGUUCGCUCAUGACCCACAGGCCUUGGUAUCUCAACUCUUUGAGGUGCCUCCCUGAGAUCGACUGUCUACGAAUUCCAUUUUGAAAAGGCCCUUUCUAGAGAAUCUUAUUGCCAAAUACUUUACUCCUGAGCCUAAAAUACAGAAAGCAAGAUUCCAGGGAAAGUGCCUCCCCAGAUCAAGGCUAGCAGCGCCAAUUAAAAGGAAGGAGAUGCUGUGUAGAAAUGAAUGGAGACCGCCAGGAGCCCAGAAGCCUGUAUCUAUAAAAAUAGUACAAAGGCCCAAACUUGCUGCAGUGCAUGGACAUUAUGACUAUUAUUAUGCCCAACUUGACAUGUUGAGGAGGAGAGCACACGAACCAAGUUACUGCUGGGUUCCUCAAGAAGAUCCUGGAGUUGAGGGGAAUUAUAAUCAGGAAGAAAGCCACAGUCCAUCACCAGGUCAACGGCCUGCUGAAUACCUUCAGGGGAAAUCUAAAGCUCAGUAAUAUAAAUUGAAAGUGGAAAAGCAAUUGGGUCUUUGUCCAUCUUAUGCUGAGUCAGAUCACAACCAGAGACAAAAGCUAAGAAGUAAUGGAGAAGAGUCUAGAUGUCAGGAGCUGCAGAUCAGGAGAAACAAAACGAAGAACAGGUUAGAAACAGAAUAUUGGAAGCAGUUAGAGGAAAUAUGUUAACAGUACCACAAUGAUAUGAAGGAAAUUAAAAAGAAGAUGAGGAGUGCCACAUUGGACACUCAUUCUUCCAUGUCUCGGGUCACUGCAUUUCCAAGAGGGGUGAAGCUUGAAAUUGGUUUAAACCAAUGUACUUCUGAUGAAAACACCCUCCAAGAGGAAGAGGCAGUGGGUGUGCAAAAUGAAACUUUGACCUUUGAGGAUGGCAUGAAGCUUAAGGAAUAUAAAUGUGUGAAGGAAUAUGAAGAUUAUACAGACAAAGCAUUUGAAGAGCUCUGCUGUCCAGAGGCAGGUAUGUAUCGUGCCCCUCGAAAGCCGUACGUGAGAAGGAAUGUUUUAUCAGCAAUCCGUCACAGCCCCCCUCCUCACUCACUUGCAACCCCAUUGUCACCUACCCCAGCUCCUCUGUCACCAGAGACCCAGCCCUUUGCUCUUGCUCUGAGCUGUCUCCUUGGGCAGCUGCCCCCAGCCAGCCGCUCCACGCCAUCCACUUUUCUCAUUAUCUGCUGGAAGCCUCCAUGGACAAAUCCCACUGGCCUUGCAGACUCAGCAUCUGUCCAGUUGAAUUUCAGAGCUCGUCCUUCCCAUCGAUCCUUUAUUUCGGGUACUGCCAGCAGCAGGUUGAGAGUUCCUGCUGCACAGCCAGGGUGGGCUCUCCUCCUCCUUCGCUCCCUCGGCCCCUGGUCUGGGGCCCUGUCGUCUGCAGCGGUAUGGUGUGGUAGUGAAUGCAUGGACUUUGGAGACAAGCUGUUCAUUCAAGAUACUGGUGCUGCUGCAGGGAAUGGGAGACAGUGGGAUGUGCGGGCUCCUCAGACGCUGGAGAUGAUGGCUGCGGGUAACACUACCUCCACCUGCUCCGCUGUGCCUGCAGGUGGCCGAGGGAUCGUGACCGAAGGCGUUCCAGAAAAUAGAAGACGGUGGCGGCAGGAAGCGCCAGGAACUUUAAUGAGCACGUUGGCUGCAGCACAUCUAACAAGUAGUUCGUUUUCUGCCAGCGAAGGAGAAUUGGUGGGAACAUUAAAACAAUGGCUUCCUAAAGAAGAUGAGGGGAAUGUGGAAAUGGCCUUUGGCAUUGAAGUAGACAAGGAACAACCAAGAUAUGAUGAUGAUGAUGAUGAUGAUGAUGAUACCCCCCGGGAACGUGGAACCGUGAAGGGAUUGGUACAAGUGUCCCGGGAGCGCUACACAAAAAGCUACUUUCACAAAUCCCAAGCUCUGGACAGGGAUGGAUUUGGGGCAGCACCGGGGCCUCCGUGA